CGGGGCCGGGCCGGGGCGGGCCUGGCCAGGGUGACCCGGCGGGUCGGUGCCGGGGGAGCAGUGGAGGAGGUCGGGUGGCGGCCUCGUUGGCUGUCGGAGCGGCCAUGCUGAGCGCCACGUGCCGCAGGCUCGUCCCGGCGCUACGGGGUCCGCGCACACCGUCUGCGGUCGCCGGGAGGUACCUGCUGGCGCCUGGGGUCAGGUCCUUCGCUGACCAGAGUGACCGGGCGGAGGAGCCCCGCACCUUCCACCCGGCGCUGCUGCGGUUCCUGGUGUGUCCGCUCUCCAAGAAGCCGCUUAGAUAUGAAGCAUCGACAAAUGAGUUGAUUAACGAAGAGCUGGGAAUAGCGUAUCCAAUCAUCGAUGGGAUCCCUAAUAUGAUACCACAGGCAGCAAGGACAAUACGUCAAAAUAAGAAGCAAGAAGAAGUUGAGCAGCAUUAGACCAUGAUUGUUAAAAGCCUAACUGCUGACCUCCCCUAAUACUGUAUACCUUAAAACAGAGAAGGGCAGCUGGGGAAGAGCAGUGAUUCACUUCUGCCUGCUUGACUGUUCUUUCACGGCUCUCCCUAGCAGGACUGUCUGAUCCGCUUCCUGGAGGAGAGUUUCCCGCGGGGCUGCACCAGCACGGCCAAGCGUUGCUUUUCCAGUCUGCUCUGACUGCCAUGCCGGUGUGUGUGACCUGGAUGGGUCUAACGCCCUGUAAGCAGUUAGUGCAACCACAGCCGGGAUGGCGUAGUAAAGGGGUCUGAGGCAACAUCUGUGAAAGCUGCUUAUAAACCCAUUUGGUUAACAA